CAACACUAAUAAGUUCUUCCUCUACUUUAUAAUCAAUAUCUGCAUCUGUAUUUGCAUACAUUGAAAGAAAAUGAAGCUAAAUACCAGUAUGAUACCGUUUGGUACAACGUUCAUGACUGUAAACCUGUAGCUGUCGCUGCUGAGAACCGACUGUCGCAGAGUUUUUGACGGAAAACUGACGGGACCAACAGGAAAAGUCAGGAACCAACUUCGCCAACCGUCAGGUUCUGGGACUUGGCGAUGGGGGACAUGAAGACCCCUGAUUUUGAUGACUUGCUAGCGGCUUUCGACAUCCCUGACAUUGACGCACAAGAGGCGAUUCAGUCUAAUCCCUCCGAGCAACGGGAUGCAGGGGGUACUAAUGCACCUGGAGGAAGCAAGAGUGGGACUUCCUCCUGCUUCCCCAACUCUGAGCCGCCUGUGGUCAGCGUCAUUGUGAAGAACACGGUUCGGUCCGAGUCUUUGGAGGAGGAAGAGAGGUCUGCCAGGGAUAAAACUGAUAAUCCUUCAAGCAGUGCCUUAGCCUCUCAGGUUCCAGUCAAGUUAGAGGAUUUUACUUCACAGCUGGAGCCCAAACUGCCUGCCAACGCUGCCAUGGAGCCUCAGAUUACCAAUGGCUUUGAGGAAGCUCAACCCAUCAAUCAGGGGCAGGCCAGCACACAACCAUGGCCUGAGCCUCCUUCUUUCAGCUCCACGCUGAGUGAUAAUGAGGGAGAUGAAGGAGCCGAACCUACCACGGAUGUUAUUAACAGUUUGUCGCCCCUUCUGUACUCGCAGUCUUCAACAGCGGCUGGUGCUAUCCCAUCAUCACCUCGGUCCCCACCUUCUUUAACCCCUCAGCCUUCUCUGGGGGGGAAAUCUGUUAAUCCUUCUUCUCCUCCUUUGCAACGAAACGGCAGCAUGACAGAUGAAACCAAAUGUGUUGCGGACAUGGAUGAAGAUGAGUCCGAUCCAGACUUUGAGAGUCCACUGGUGAUACAGGAGAGCCCAGAAUCUAUGAUGGCCUCCCCUCCAAAACGCAAACGGCUGGAGAAAUUACAUUCUGAUCUUCCUCAUAUGUAUGAAAAUGCAUUUUCUCUUUUUCCUCAGCCUCCUAAUCUCUCUGCAAAACCUAAAUCUCCAAAAGAGGAACGCGAACAUCCUUUCCAACCCAGCUCUUCCUCCACAGCUCCACAACACCAGACCCUAUCUUCCAUUGGCACAAACCCGGCGGUGCCCAAAGAGGAGAAAUACCCAGAGCAUGUGAUUGAUGAGAGAGAGUCACCUGAGAGUCCACCUCCCAGUGAGACGGGUCUUCUGUUGAAUAGACGCAGUAGCCCUGAUUUGGGUUCGGCUUCAGACCCAGAUCUGAAUCAGGAGAAAGUCCUCCAGAAAGAGCCGCAUGCUGAAGCUGAGCGCAGAGAGGAGAACAAAUCUGAGGAAACCGAAGAUGUCGGUGAAAAGAUGAUGGCAGAUAGAGAAAAAUCAAAAGAGAAUUUCCAUGCUGGCAGCGAGCACACAGAGACGCCAUCUCCACCGAGACCACUCAAAGUUAAAAUUAAAAUGCCAACUGGCAGCAUCACAAGGACCGUCACUAAUCUGGCUCCUAAAAGAAUAACAAAAGCCUCCAUGAAGGACGCAGAGAGCUCGAAACCGUCUCCAGAAAACCAAACCGUAAAAUCCAAAAAGAAGCUACAGCAGCAGACGGAUUUACCCACAGCAACACGAGUAGGUGUCAGUACAGUGAAGGAGAAGAAGCAGAGAGUGUCCCCUACAGCUGUGAGCAUCACAAAAACUGCAACGCUGCCAUCCGUCUCCCCCCCCCCCUCCAGGGCCAACCCUGUUGCAAUCAACCUCCGCAGCCUCGGUCAAAAAACUCUCAACAGUGGGAUCACCCUGCCGGCACCUCUAGCUCCUCAAACCAGCAGCAGGCCGGCUUCUAUAGUCAACAACACUGGGGCGAUCAUUUCGAAGAGUCAGACCAGCCUGGUGGAAGCCUUCAACAAAAUCCUCAAUAACAAAAACCUUCUUCCCAGUUAUAAACCAGACCUUAGCUCCCCAGUCCCAGUGGAGUGGGGCAUUUCCCUUCCUGCACAGGGUUACCGCUGUCUGGAGUGUGGCGACGCCUUCGCUCUGGAGCAGAGCUUGGCCCAACACUACGGCAGGCGCUCGCUCAGGAUUGAGGUGACAUGCAAUCACUGCGCCAAACGGCUGGCCUUCUUCAACAAGUGCAGCCUGCUGCUGCACGCCAGAGAGCACAAGGAGAAAGGCCUGAUCAUGCAGUGUUCACACCUGGUCAUGAAGCCCGUACCUGUGGAGCAGAUGAUCAGCCAGCCUGAACCAGCAGCUGCUGCAGGGGGCCAGGUCACCUUAAAGCCAUCACAUAAUGCUGUAGCUUCCAAGAAAGAAACAGAGAUGCUGCAAUACACAACUAAUAAAUGCUCUGAGUGUCAGACUCAGUUUGGCAGCAAAGAGGAGCUGUCCGGCCAUUUCCAGGAGAUCAAGCCAGCUAAAAGCAAUUCUUGCACAGAGUGCUCUCCUCCCAUGCUCCUGCCCAACAGCUGCAGUGCUGCAGCCCACCAGCGCGUCCACCAAGGCUCCCCGCCGCACGUCUGCCCAGAGUGCGGGGGCACCGCCAAGCAGCAGCUGCUUCAAAAACACCUGCAGGAGACCUGCUUGCACUUUUCUCGCCGCAUCGGCUACAGAUGUUCCAGUUGCCUGGUGGUGUUUGGGGGGCUGAACUCAGUGAAGUCCCACAUCCAGCAGGCUCAUUGUGACAUGUUCCACAAGUGCCCCAGCUGCCCCAUGGCCUUCAAAUCUGCCCCCAGCAUCCAGAACCACAUCUCAGCUCAACAUUCAGACCUCACUGAUGCAAAGGCCAUGCUGAUUUAUAAAUGUGUCAUGUGUGACACAGUUUAUACUCACAAGCCGCUACUGUACGCCCACUUUGACACUCAUUUAACCAAUCAGAAGGUGCACGUGUUCAAAUGCCCUGAGUGCACCAAACUGUUUUCUCAGAGGAAUUCCCUCCUGGAUCAUUUCAAGACCCACAAGACUUCCACGUUAAAAGAAGAGGUGCCGUCAGUUCCAACCCCUGCCUCACAUUUACCUGGGAAAUUGGAGAGCUCAGAGGAGGAAUGGAUGGAUAAAGAGAAAGUCAAGACUGAAAGGAUGAAAGCACCUACAGUGUGGAAAUGUCGCUCCUGCAACUCGCAGUUUACAGAGCGGGAGGAAUACAUCGCUCAUAUGGGCGAACAGCACGCCAAGUUUCUGAAGAAGUUUCCCUGCAACAAAUGUGAGAGCUCCUUCACCACCACGUCCAGCAUGAGGCGCCACAUCAGAGAUAAGCAUAAAGCCUUGAACCGGGGCUUCCGCUGCCAAUUUUGUUCUGAUGGUAAGAAAACCUUCAGCAGCAGAUCGAUGUUGGAGAGACACAUCCAGAUGAGACACAACAUAAACAGCCCGGGUCAGGACUCUCUGAUGGGAGCUGAUGAAGCUGACAGUUCUUCAGAACAGGACAACAGUUUGGUGGCCCGUAAGAGACGUCGAGCGGCCAUGAAGACGGAGGACGGAGAAGCAACAGACAGAACGAGUCCGGUAAAGAAACUACGAUCAUCUUCCUCUGCUCCUGCUCCUUAUACUCCACCCGAGUCUGGGUUCAGCUGUGCUCCCUGCGGCUUCACCACGGAGGACAGCCCAGCGUUCCUGGAGCACAUCAGCCAGCACAGGCGAGGGGGGACAGAGGGCGGCAGUCUGCAGUGUCUGCAGUGUGGCGCCUGCUUUACGUCCACGUCCUCCCUUUCCCGCCAUCGCUUCAUCAUUCACAAAGUCAAAGAUGCUUUCAGCGACAGCCAGCAGAUCCUCAGCGUGCCUCUAUCGCCCUCUGCUGGAAACAUCAAGAACCACGAUGACAGGAGCUCUCUGAACGGUUCUGAACCAACUUCACCCUCCAGUCAAUGUUUAGCAAGUCAGGGGAAGGAAGAGGAUGGACCGCUGGCCUGUAAGGUGUGUGGUAAACACUUUGAAAAAGCAACAGAUCUCAACACACACUUCAGAACUCAUGGGAUGGCUUUUAUUAUCGCAAGGAAUGCCGGGAAGACUACCUAGAAUGGGUAACAGACAGGUAAUAAUUAAAAAUAGCAGUGCCUUUUAAUCCUGUCAUUCGUGUGCAGGCCCUGCAUCUACGCACUAAAUCAACCAAAGAUUAAUUCGAAGUUUAUAAAACAGUUAAAUGUGCCUGACUGAGAAAAGCCUGAUUCUCAGGAUCUGCUGCUUACUUUCUGUGUUUCAUCAGGAUACUGAUCUGAUUUAACCUCCUGUUCACUGCUGUGACAAAAUUCACAUUAAUCAUGUGCCUGUAGAAAACUGUGACUGUUGUAUUAACGCAAUCCUGCUGUGAUCAUGAAAUCAGCUUCACUUCAUGUUUGAAAGUACUGAUGAAACGUGUUCGUUCUGAGCAACUUCUCGGCCACUGAGAUUCAUCUACAGCCGUCCUCUAAAGUCGGAUUUAAAAAUCACUGCAGCUGUUUGAAUUUAAACCAUUUUCCAAAGCAUGUCCUAAGUUUUUUGUUUCUACGUUUCAUGAUGCAUUAAAGCAGGGUUUCUCCAAAAUUUCAAUUCUGAGCUUUUAUUUUGCAGACUUCUGGAUUUUCUGACAGUUUAUGCAACGCUUUGGACAUUUACAUAGAAAAUAUUUAACUUGUUGGGCUGCAUGUUCCAUAAAUCAUGAAACAACACGGUUCUAAAGUUAGCUACUGUGGCAAAGGGCUGCUUCACUUCUAUUUAAUUCACUUCUACUUCAAAGUGUAAUAUAAUUCUGGCCUGGAUUAUUCUACACUAGAUGGAUACUUUGUGACCCUUUGUCUACAAAUAUUUUUUUUUAAACGUGUCAAUGCUUAAGCAAUAGUGUGACUUGUAGAUUUACUAUGUGAAAACCUUGAAAAAUGUUUAACACCUUUUUAAAUUGAAUGUACUUUCUGUAAGAUGAACUGAUGUAGUAUAGUAUACAGAUACAGUAUAUCUUCUCUGUGAGCUGAAAAGGGAAGGAAAUGUAUUUGUCACAUAAGUAAAUGUUUCUGUAAAUCUUACAGAAUACUGUAAACAAAACAUUAAAUGUUUCUCUACUUUUUA